CGGGGGCGGCGGGCAGGGCGCCGGCGGAGGGCGGGGGGUACGAACGGGAACCUCGGUGGUGCUGCCGCGGUGGGGGCUCAGGUGAGACUGCAGGCUGCAACAACUGCUGUAACAGCAGUAAAUGGUGUUAAUGAGUGUUUGCCCAAGGCAGGUGUGCAACAGCUUUUGCAGCAAAGCCUGGCUUAAGGUAGAUCCCCUUGGAGCAGGAGGUUUGUUGGGAAACAGUUGCAGUGUCGGGGAGGAAUUAGCAGCUAAACCACAAACCUCGGGGGUUUGGGGUUCCCUGAGGAGGUUGCAGAGGGACUCCUGUGUGCCUGUGAGCUGAUCCUGGGUGUGGAAUCGUCUCUGCAUGGCCCAGUUUGGAACAGACUGAUAAGGCUCCUUGUUUCUUAGCAACCCCAGCUCUGCCACAGCCAGAAACCUGCCCUUCUGCAGCUGGAGGGAAAAUUCUGAAUGUCUCAAAAGCAAACCUUAAACCGAGACCUGUGUCUUUCCUGGGCAUGGAGGUGCCAUAUGUCCUUCUCUUAACACGACUGGUGGCAGAAGUUGCCAGCAAAUCCACACAAAACUCGGUGUCAGAACCAGAAUGUUGUGUGGAUUUGUUGGAUUCCAACAGCUCCUGUCCAGCAACCAACCAGUGCAGUCCAGGUUGUUACAGGAGAUGGAAUGAGGAUGGAAGCAGCAGCUGCAUUAAAUGCAAAAAUGAAACCCUGCCUGUUUCCUCUGUUUACAACCUGACCGAGUGCAGAACUACUGGGAGCAGAGGGAUGAAUUUCCAGAUGAACAUAAGCACUGUAACUCCUUUCCUACAGAACAUAGGGGGCCCAGAAGUGGCAGCUUCCCUCAUCUUAGGGACAUUUUUCAUCAGUUUGUUCCUGAUUCUCUCUGUUGCUUCUUUCUUCUACCUCAAACGUGCCAAUAAACUUCCCAACAUUUUCUACAGAAGGAACAAAGCAUCUGUUCUCCAGCCUAGUGAAACAGCAUCCAUGAUACCUCCCCCAGCUUCUUCAGUUCGGAAGCCGCGAUACGUCCGCCGGGAACGGUCCCUGGUCACCUCCACGUCUGCUGCCAUCAUCUCCUCCUCUGAAACCAGGGUCAGCAAUGUUUAACCUUCCCUCCUGACAGAGGACCUUGACCAUUUGUGGUGUCAAAGAACCUUUUUCUGAACCCACUGAAGUGCCAGGAAAACGUUGCAAGCAGCUGACCCCGAACAGAAACCAAAUUCCGAGGGUUUGUGCCAAACGUCCUCCCGGGGAUGAGCUGCUGGAGGUGACACCCAGUUCCAGGAACUCCUUUGCAAUGCACUAUUCCAGCUCUGGGGGCUCCUUUCUCUCCUGCAGGUGCUGUGUUUGAAACCUUUAAAGAAUCUGCCUUUCUUUGGAACACACUCUCUGUCCUGGCAAGUUCUUCUCCCUGUGUUGUGACGUGUCCCCGUGUCCCCAGGGCUGGCUGGCUCAGUGCUGCAGGCCAACCCCAAAUCCCGGGAUUACUCAAGGCUGUGGACUUGAGGAAGGGAGCCACUUGUAGAUGGGAACACUUAAGUGCCACUCCUUUAACAAUAUAACAAUAAUUAACAUGCAGAAUCCUUUGGAAGCAAAAAAAUGAUGCCUGUGGAGCAUCUUCUGCCACAGCUGAGCCUGGGUUUAGCUGUGACUGUGGAGCCACCCUCCUGAUCCUGCUGCUCUUAGUGCUUUGGAAGGCCAUGGUCAAUAUGGGCCCAAUCCCAAGGGUGGGAAUUUUGGGUGGGAAGUUUUCUCAAUUGGCUUCAGCUCAGUGCUGGGAUAAAGAGCUGUUUGCUGGGGGUUUGGAACUGAGAGGCUGCAAAGUCUGUCCCUGCUGGCUGGGACAACCUGGGAGCCCAGAAUUCCUGCAGGACAGUUGUCAGUGAGGGUUGGGAUGAGCUGGAGGGGUCAGGGGAACUUCUGCCAAUGCAAUAAAGGUGUUUCUUUGGUCGAGCCCUUCACUAACACACCUGAAAUCUUCAGGCCAGCACCUUAGGACAGAGCUCAGUGGGGAUUUCCUUGUUCCAACACCAGCCUAAACACCCCCCUCCCACUCUGGAUUUGUUCCUGCCCUCUCCGUGUGCCUGAGGAGUUGCUCCUGCAGGGAAUUAAGGGAGCUGUAAAAUCACUUUUUUCCCUGCCUGGCUUCUCCUUCUCCAGUUCUUUUCCUGGCAGGGGUGACUGUUACCAUGUGAACACAUACUGGGCAUACUGGGACAGGCAUGAGAGUAGGUGACUGGGAAAUGAGUGGGAUAAAAAAGAGGUUGCUGAAGUGGUGGAAGUGUCACUGUCACCUUCUGUGAGUUCUAUCUAUGCAGCCUGUGCCUCCCCACCUACCUGUGUUGCUGUUGCCUCUUUUGGUGGAGCUGCCACUCCAUUCUGGCUCUGUGCUCCUAAAAUAAAUCCUUUGGAAGCUCUUCCUCAGCAUCCCCUGGCAGGAAUGGGAACUGGAACAGUUGGUUCUCUUUUUUGGGAAAAUGAGAACAAAAAUUGCCUUGAUCUGAUGUGUCACCCAUAUGGAGAGCCCAGAACUUGUGAUCCACGUUCCCUCUUCUCUGGGGUUUAAAACCUUCUUCCAAGAGGAGAACUGGGAUGGGAGCAGAUAAAUUUAUCUUAUGGAAUAGACCCGUUUUCUGGAAGUUUCAGUGCUUUUGUAUCUUCCCCUCACAGGUAAGGAGAUCCUUGUAAAAUCUACAGGGAUUAAAAAAAAAAAAAAUCAUGAAGAGGUUCCUGUGCCAAAAACCAA